UGAAUAGGGUGUGCCGAACUUUCAUCAUGCGGCGUACAGAUUUUUGAUGAGUCGUCUCGUCCCCUGUCAUAUUAUUAUCACCAUAUCCGUUGUAGCGGACGUUUACUGUUAUUUUCUGUAUUUGAAGUUCAAAACAUUUAGAAAAUAAUCGUGCAGGUGUUUAAUGAGUGGUUUGAUACAACUUUGGGAGACGAAAGUAUUGGAGUAGUGAAGAUGGCAGUGAACGUUUAUUCAACGAAUGUGACUUCUGAGAAUUUGUCUCGACAUGAUAUGUUGGCGUGGGUGAACGACUGUCUGCAGUCAAACUUCGCCAAGAUUGAGGAGCUUUGCACAGGCGCUGCUUACUGCCAGUUCAUGGACAUGUUGUUCCCCAACAGUGUGCCCAUGAAAAGAAUUAAGUUCAAAACAAAUUUAGAACAUGAAUACAUACAAAACUUCAAAAUACUACAAGCUGGUUUCAAAAAAAUGGGUGUUGAUAAGGUAAUACCAGUGGACAAGCUGAUAAAAGGGAGAUUCCAAGACAAUUUUGAGUUUUUACAGUGGUUUAAAAAGUUUUUUGAUGCCAAUUAUGAUGGGAGGGAAUAUGAUGCUUUUGAGGCACGUGGUGGCAUCACAAUCGGGUCGGGGGCUUGUGAAUCAGGAGUACCGUUAUGUGGGGCAGUGCAGGCGCCGCCGCCACCCAGGGCUGCCCGCCGCCCAGCUCCUAUGCACCAUUCCGGCAUACCCAUUGACAGACUGGUGAAGGGUCGAUUCCAAGACAAUUUUGAAUUUUUGCAAUGGUUCAAGAAAUUCUUUGAUGCCAACUAUGGAGGCACGGAAUAUGACGCGGUGGCGCAACGCGAGGGUCUGCCUAUGGGGCACGGGGGCGCCUCAGCCCCCCGGGCCGCGGCAGCAGUUGCCAAGAAACCGACGGCGCCUGUCGCCAAAGUCGCAGCUAGACCCCAAUCCAUUGGCAAAGCAAACAGCACAGUAAGAUCUCCCCCAGUUAAUUUAGCCAGAAUAAAUCAAAGUGCUAAGGGAGACUCUAAAGUUAUUGACGAAUUAAAUCAUCAGAUAAACGAAUUGAAAGCAACAGUUGACGGCCUCGAGAAAGAGAGGGACUUCUAUUUUGGUAAGCUCCGGGAUAUAGAGGUGAUCUGUCAAGAAAUGGAAGAACAACAGAAUGCUCCAAUUGUUCAGAAGAUUUUGGAUAUUUUAUAUGCAACUGAGGACGGAUUCGCGCCUCCAGAGGAAAUAGACGGCGACAACCCACACCCGCCGGAGGAAGACGAAUAUUGAAUAUCAAUGUAUUUACGCGUAUCAUAGUGCUCUUUGUAUAUUACAUAUAUCAAAACGAAAUUAUCUCGCUUUACAAUCAUCGACAGUAUCGAGUGCUUAGUAUUUCACAGCCAAUGAGUCGUAUUUGAAUCAUGUAGGUUAAAUGUUUGGAAGCAGUGGCCCUAAAAUGGCUUAAUGUAGCUAAUGUUUACAUAUACCUGCACACUAGAUGUAAAAUGUAUAAUAAUAAAAUUUUACAGUUGCAAGGCUUGUACACAUUUAUUACAACUAAUUGUUGUAAACACAACACGCAAUAUUAUAUUGUUGAUUGUUGUUUCUGGAGAUUAGUUAAAUAAUAUUUAGCUGUUCUUUGCGUGUGUGUCAUCCUUUUGACUAUUUUUAAAACUGGAUCCGCGUCUUUUCCUGUUUCACACCUGCAUCGGGUAAUGGACAUCCCAAUGCGCGGUGUGCUACGUGUGAAACAUGAAAAAUGUCAAUGAGCAAAUAUUGUCAUAUGCACACACUGUAAUUAUUAUUUUAUACAAAUUCACGUGGCUGUGUCAUAACUAAGUGCAUUCCUUCACACGGGAGCGUAGUUUCUUGACAGGAAUUAUUUCUUAAUUCUGUAUGCUCUCCAUAUCCUGCUCAUUGAGUAAUCCUAAAGCUAUAUAAGCGAUGAAGUUUGACUGUGGACUUACAAAAGCUAUCUUCAUUUUGGGCCACUGGUGCCUAUAUAAAUGUGCAUUUAAUAGGUUGUUAAAUUAUUGGAAGAGAUUUACUGUUAAUUGUUUAAUUCUGUUAUGAUAAUAACGCAGUUGAUAAAAUUAUGAUAUUCGGUUCUAAAUUAUACCAUUUUUUAAACCGUUUUAAUAACAAGUGAAUAAUUAUGAGAUCUGAAAAUAACUAACAAAAUUUAACUUGUGAUUACCGUUAUGUGGUUGAGAUGGGUAAUCACUAAUUGGUUCCAGGUAGUGUGAUAUUUACAUGACCAUUAUUUAGGUUAAUCAAAAUACAAGACUUUGAAUUUUGCACUAUUAUAACUUACUAUAAGAGGUGUACUAAUACAUUAUAAUUCAACAUAUUUUUAUUUAGUAGAUUAUUACAUUCUUUAGACGCGUCGAAAGAUACUAACGACUUGUUGGCGUAAAAAGAUGUUAUUCGCUGGUUAAGAUAAAUAGAUAAUUAAUUUAUUUACUUUAGCAUUCAUAAAUUGCCUUAACAGCAGAUUAUUAAUUGCCUCUGGUUUUCAGAUUGUGAAUGUCUUAUCGAAUAAAAUAAUAACUUUAUUAAAA